AUGUUUUCGAACGCGUUGAAGUCAUUCAGCUCGAAUAUUUCCGCCAAUUAUCAGAUCGCUCCCCACGCGACUAUCUACUCAGGCCCCUGGAAAAUCCACGAUGCCAAGAAGAAAUCCACCGGCACCCCGGCGUCUGUUUUCAUCUUCGAACGCAAGACCCUCGAACCGCGAUCAGGCGGAUUUGGCACCCGCUCAUCAGGAUCCGGAACGAAGAAGAUACAGGAGGAUCAAUCUGGCCAGAUUGCGACACCCUCCAUCCUUCAAGUGCUCGAGCCCGUCGAGGAAACCCGCAACGGUGGUCUCAUGUUUGCGACAGAACAUCUGACAGCCUCGCUUUCUGGUCUUUUAUUGGAUAAAAACGAGCAAGAAGGUGCUUCGGGUGGUUCGAGAGCUAAUCGCUAUAUGGUAGAGGAUGCCGAUGGAACUCGCAGGCGGAGGGAAUUUGAGAUUGAUGAACUAGAAAUCCAAAAGGGCUUACUGCAAGUGGCAAAGGGUCUUGAAUUCCUUCACGAAUCCGCAGGCCUUGUCCACGGUAACCUGAGUCCGGAUGCCAUCUAUGUCAAUGCUAAAUCGGAUUGGAAGAUCUCUGGUCUUGGAUUUGCGGGGCCUCCAGAUUCGUCGGAAACUCGUUCGACGCUGCCACCACUGGCCGUCUCCGAGGUUCUCUAUCAAGAUCCAAGACUACCACCUUCUGUGCAGCUCAACAUGAAUUACACUUCUCCGGAUUUUGCCAUGGAUUCCAACGUGUCGUCCGCCGCCGACAUGUUCUCUUUGGGUCUGAUCAUCAUCGCUCUCUACAAUUCACCCCACGUCUCCCCACUGGAAACCCAUGCGAACUUGUCGACCUAUAAAAAGCUGCUCAGCUCCCCUUCCACUACUCCCUCUCAGAGCAAUAACUUCCUCUGCUCUAAUCCUAUCCCGAGGGAUGUUCUAUCCCAGGUGCUACCCAGGUUGAUCACACGGAGGCCUGCCCAGCGUAUGAAUGCGCGCGAGUUUCAACAAUCACCAUAUUUUGAUAAUGUUCUGGUAUCGACUAUCCGAUUUUUGGAGUCUCUCCCGGCCAAGAACCCGAACGAAAAGUCUCAGUUCUUGCGAGGCCUCCAACGAGUCCUACCAGACUUUCCUGUCUCGGUGUUGGAAAGGAAGCUUUUGGGCGCGCUGCUUGAUGAACUGAAGGACCGCGAUUUGCUGGCCCUUCUAUUGCAGAACGUCUUUGGUAUCCUUCAACGCAUUCCAAAUGGACGCCGUGUCUUUCCCGAAAAGAUCAUCCCCCGUUUGAAGGAGUUAUUUGGCACUGCGUCGGGCAAACCAGCCCAAGAACGCGACUCAAAGAAAGAUGCAGGCCUUAUGGUUCUUCUUGAGAAUAUGAAGCUGGUGACGGAGAACUGCACUGGCAUGGAAUUCAAAGAUGAAAUCUUACCACUCAUCCGCCUUGGACUGGACUCGCCCACCCACUCUUUGGUAGAUGCUUCAAUCAAAUGCCUCCCGGUAUUCCUUCCUACGCUUGAUUUCAGUACCGUCAAAAAUGAAGUCUUUCCACCAAUCGCCAGCACCUUCAGCCGCACUAGCAGCCUUGCGAUCAAGGUCCGCAGUCUGGAAGCAUUCAGUGUGCUGUGUGGCGGCUCUACAGAUGAGUCUGAUGGUCUCGAUGACCUAUCUGGCGCUGUGGCACCAUCCAAGACUGUCAAGUCCUCCAUCCUAGACAAAUAUACUAUCCAAGAGAAGCUUGUCCCCUCUCUCAAGGCGAUCAAGACAAAAGAGCCUUCGGUCAUGAUGGCAGCACUGAAGGUCUUCCGUGAAGUUGGAAAAAUCGCAGACAGUGAUUUCCUCGCCCUCGAGGUUCUACCUAUUCUCUGGAGCUUCAGUCUUGGACCUCUCCUGAAUUUGAAACAGUUCAAUGACUACAUGGCCCUGAUCAAGUCCCUUUCCACCAAGGUCGAGAAGGAGCAGGUCCGCAAGUUGCAAGAGCUCUCGUCGGGUGGAGACUCUGGCGGGUUCCAGAAUGGUGCCAACAGCUUCUCCCAGUCCACGACUGAUCUCACAUCCUCUGAAACAGAUAGCACAAGAAACAACUUUGAGCGUCUCGUCCUCGGCAACAAACCUGCAUCGCUGAAUGGCAAAGAGGCCGAUAUCUGGGGAAGUAUGGAGCCAGAGCCAGCCACGAAACGACCGAGCAUGUCUCCUGCGUUUUCGUGGUCCACAAACAAUAACUCGGGAGGUUUCCGCUCUAUCACGCCCGAUCAGAAGCUCAACUCCAUUCCAUCUCUGCAGCCCGCGCCUCAAGCACCUCCUGCGAUGUCUACCUCACAGCUCCCAUCUAUGCAACCCAUGCAGCCCAUGCAGCCAUCGAAUCCCUGGGCUGCACCGGCUCAAACAGCCAAUCGAACUGGGUCUUCAUUGGCAUCGCUGUCUAACAUGUCAGCAGCUGCGCCAAUGUCUCAACCGGCUGCUCAGCAAAACCCCAACUACUCCGCCUUCUCCAUUCCGCCUCCUCCAAGCGGCAUGGGAGGAGGUAUGAGUAGUAUGGGCGGCAUGGGCACGAACAAUGCCAUGAGGUCUCCGUCGCUGAACAUGAACAUGAACACGACAUCAGCAUUCCCCAUGCAGGCCCCCAUGCAGGCUCCGCCGCCACCACAAUCGCAACCACCGCAAAAGUCUGGUCUGGAUAAAUAUGAAAGUCUGCUAUGA